GGGGGGGGGGGUCUCGACGUCAGAAGAAGGAGGGGAUGGAGUCGUAAGGUCUGGGGUAUAAAUACGAGUCCUUGAGAACAGACUGUAACAAACAGGCUUGUCUUCCCAGCUGGAGGACCGUUCUUCGCUUUGAAGUAGAAACGACGUUUCAGAGAGAGAGGAAUACAUAUUUUAGAAAAUAAAAAACAAGUAUUAUCAUUCAUCUAAAAUCGUUUAAUCGUAUCAACGGGUUCUUUUUUUAAAAAAUAGAGCACCUUAUACUUUGUUUUUUUUUUGGUUUUGUGUUUUAAAGAUGGGGUUGGGGGGGGUGUUGCUGCUGUCCGUCCUGUGCUCUUGUGUCCAUUCUCUCGUCCUGGAUUACAACACCAUCCGGGGAUCUGCUGAGGUGGACCUGAGGACCGAGACGCAGCUGGACCGCUGCAUGACGGACAGCGACUGCGAGUCCACGAAGUUCUGCCAGAACACACGCGCCGGAGAGUCUGUUUGUGCCGCGUGCCGGCCGCUCCGCCGGCGCUGCCCGCGCAACGCUACGUGCUGUCCAGGGACUCUCUGCAUCAACGACGUGUGCGCGCAGCCUGACGAGGGUGGCGUGACGACCGGGCUGGUCUCGCCCGUGACGCGUGGGAAAAGCGGACACCAUAUCCUGGAAACCAAACCCAAAAAGCAGCCCAACAUCAAAGGGCUGGAGGGGGAGUCUUGUUUGCGCUCCUCGGACUGCGCAGUUGGCUUGUGCUGCGCUCGUCACUUCUGGGAGAAGAUCUGCAAGCCCAUGCCACAGGAGGGGGAGGUGUGUUCAAAACGGGGGCGCAAGGAGACCCCCAUGGGUCGCGAGCUCUUCCAACGCUGCGACUGCACAGCCGGGCUCACCUGUCGCCCCCAAAACAAGGGUGAGGAGAGCCGCAAGUCCCGUCUGCGGGUCUGCCAGCGCCCCCUAGAGGGGCCCGCAGGACAGGACAACAGCGGCGCCAAGAGGCCAAACAGGAAGCGACAGCACUGAGCAGCGGGAUUAAGACCGGGGACAAACCACCUGUAUGAACUUGAGGCCGUGGAUUCCUGAAGUUACUGUUUUCAAAAUCAGGAACAAACACUUAUUUUAAAGUGGAAUGUGUUUUUUUUAUUAUUUUAUUUCACAAUUGUCACUUUUUUUCUCACUCAUAUAUAU